UUAAUCAUCUUUUGCUAACCGCCAUUCCACGGGUGGCGCAAUUCUGUCAGAACCGGAUACAGCGAGUGUGUCGGUACAGUCAGACGUUUGUAGACCGUUGCAAGUGUGUUUUGUUCAAUUUUUCUCAUAUAUCCAUCAAUAAUUGUCUCACUUGUAAUAAGGCUGUUUGUCUCAGUUAGAUCAGGUGUUUGAUAAAUUGGCACGGAAACGGUGGGAAUGGUUUAAUAAUUUACGGCUCGGGUUCACUCUUUGUAGAGUUUCGGAUCUCCAGCUUCUCCCGGUCAGGUUCAGCUUACACAGUUUGUCGCUGGACAUGGCAGGCGGACUGAAAGAGGGAUUCUUGCGUCUCGGACACUAUCUUCUGGAACCGGAGCACGUCGCGCGCUUCCAGCGACUAUGCGGGGUUCGCGGGACGGACACGCGUGACAAAGUCAUUAACGGGUCACCGUGUAUCCAGCACGGGGAUGUUCGAAACGGAGACGGGGAUAUUAUCCGCCGUAGAACAGCAGAAGCUGAGACCGACGGAGAGAAGCGCAAAAACGGCGUGGCGAACGGGGUGGUAGCGUCUGCUCCAAGAACCGGGAACGGUCAGCCCGGCGGGCGAGACCCAGAUGAGCAUCUGGAGGACGGCUCUGAACCGGACGAUGCUCGGGGAUCCACGGUGAAGCCGUUGCGCAGAAACUCUCUCACCGGAGACGUCGGCCAGGAGUUUGUCAUCGAGAACAAGUUUCUGUUCUACCUUUUCACGUUCGGUACCGAGCUUGGGAAUGAACUGUUCUACAUCAUGUUCUUCCCGUACUUCAUGUGGAACGUGGACGCGUACGUCAGCCGGCGGCUCGUCGUGGUCUGGGUGUGGGUUAUGUAUCUUGGACAGUGCACGAAAGAUGUGAUCCGUUGGCCGAGGCCCGCCUCUCCGCCGGUGGUCAAAGUGGAGAUGUUCUAUAACUCGGAGUACAGCAUGCCCUCCACUCAUGCCAUGUCCGGUACAGCCAUACCGGUGAGCCUGUUCCUGCUGACCUACGGUCGGUGGGAGUAUCCAUUGUUGCUGGGUCUCUCUCUGGUUCUCAGCUGGUGUGUGCUGGUGUGUUUGAGCCGCAUAUACAUGGGCAUGCACUCCAUACUGGAUAUCAUUGCCGGUGUCCUCUAUAGUUUGCUGAUCCUGGUGGUCUUCAGUCCUGCUCUGGACAUCAUUGACACCUUUAACUGCACUCAUCGAUUUGCCCCUCUCCUCAUUAUCUCGCUUCAUGUGGGACUGGGCCUCUUUUCUUUCACCCUGGACACCUGGAGCACCUCACGUGGUGACACCGCCCAAAUCCUGGGUUCCGGGGCGGGUAUUGCCUUGGCAUCCCACAUCAACUACAAACUGGGCUUGCUGCCAGACCCACCUGCGUCGAUGCUGCCUCUCUACCCUCAACCUCUCACUCUCAGCUUGAUCGGGCUGUGUCUGCUUCGCUUUUUCCUGGGUGUCAUCAUUCUCCUGGCUACCAGAGCCGUAAUGAAGGCUCUCACCAUCCCGCUUGUGUGUUGGAUCGUUGGGAUUCCGAGUGACGACGUUCGAAAGGCCAGGCAGCACAUGGAGGUGGAGCUGCCAUAUCGAUAUAUCGUCUAUGGAACGGUGGGGGUCAACGCGUUUUUCCUUGUGCCUUUCAUUCUUGGACAUAUGGGCCUGAUUUGAUUAGGUGGAAGAGAUAUCCGAUGAGCUUUCAGCCAAUAAGAGUCCAUUUGGACUGCAUAGGCCCCUCCCCCAAUCGAUGAUUGAUUUGAACAAACGGCAGUCAUUUUACACUGAGCUGCAGUUGCACCUUGCAAAAGUUCCAUGAAUAUAAAUUGUCUUUCAUCGUUGUUGUUCAUUUAUACUUUAGAAGAUUAUCAAAUCUGAACACCUGUAUUUGGUGUUAUACUUGAUUCAGAAAAUUCUGCCCUUUUCUAUAGAAUUUGCA